AUGAGUAAUCUAGAAUCUGCUAUUACGGGAGCUAUUGCUUCCACCAUGGCCAAUGUGAUUGUUUACCCAUUAGAUGUUGCUAAGACUGUUAUUCAAAGUGAAACGAAGGCAAAAGAAACUGAUGAAUUAUCAGAAAAAGAUAAGAGAAUAUUGAGACAAGAAAAUGUUAUCCGAUGUUUAAUUCGUAUCUUCAGAAAGCGUGGGUUGCGGGGACUUUAUCAAGGAAUGUCGACAUCUGUCUUUUCAAAAUUUGUUCAAAGCUUUUGCUACUUCUUUUGGUACUCUUUCUUAAGAAGAAAGUAUUUCUCAUUAAAACUCUUAAGAAAUACUCAGGCAAGACCAAUUAAUAGCAUAUCAACCGUAGAGGAACUCAUUGUUGGGGUCGGGGCUGCUGCUUUGACCCAGGUAGUUAAUAAUCCCAUUGAAGUUAUAUUAACAAAACAGCAAACAACCGAUGAUAAGGACAACGUAGAUUUUUAUUCUGUCUUAAAGCAAAUUUACGUGGAGAGUAAUGGAAAAUUAUCAAGUUAUUGGAAGGGAUUUAAAGUAUCUUUAAUUCUUACGGUUAACCCAUCCAUUACAUUUGCUGCAUAUCAAAGAUUCAAAGACAUCUUGCUCAAACAGGUAAGCAACAGUGAAAAAUCAUACUCUGGACAAUUGACAGUAAAUCAAAACUUUAUUCUUGGUGCUUUGGCUAAGAUAAUAUCUACCAUUAUUACUCAGCCGCUAAUUGUUGCUAAAGUAUCGCUGCAGAGAUCCAAUUCGAAAUUUAAACAUUUUGAAGAGGUUUUGAGGUAUUUAUAUAAAGAGGAAGGCGUUCUUGCUCUCUGGAAGGGUGUGGGCCCACAAUUAACAAAGGGGGUAUUAGUUCAAGGUCUAGUAUUUGCGUUUAAAGGAGAGUUAACUAAAAGUUGGAAGAGGCUGUUAUUCAUCCUCAAUCUACUGAUAAGAAGAGUAUUGGUGCUCAGGUAG